AUGUCGAUAGAGACACCAUACAUGUCGAUAGAGACACCAUACAUGUCAAUAGAAACAUCAUACAUGUCAAUAGAAACACCAUACAUGUCAAUAGAAACAUCAUACAUGUCAAUAGAAACACCAUACAUGUCAAUAGAGACACCAUACAUGUCAAUAGAAACAUCAUACAUGUCAAUAGAAACAUCAUACAUGUCAAUAGAAACAUCAUACAUGUCAAUAGAAACACCAUACAUGUCAAUAGAAACACCAUACAUGUCAAUAGAAACACCAUACAUGUCGAUAGAAACACCAUACAUGUCGAUAGAAACACAAUACAUGUCAAUAGAAACACCAUACAUGUCAAUAGAAACACCAUACAUGUCGAUAGAGACACCAUACAUGUCGAUAGAGACACCAUACAUGUCGAUAGAGACACCAUACAUGUCGAUAGAAACACCAUACAUGUCGAUAGAGACACCAUACAUGUCAAUAGAAACACCAUACAUGUCAAUAGAAACAUCAUACAUGUCAAUAGAAACACCAUACAUGUCAAUAGAAACAUCAUACAUGUCGAUAGAAACACCAUACAUGUCUGCUGGAAAAUUUAAUGAACCUUCUCCCUGA